AUGGGAUCAGAGAAUUGUUUAAAUGUUCUCAGAUCACUUACUAUUUUCACAUGGUCCUUCACUUCAAGCUUUCAACCAUUUAUUUAUUUCGAUUUAAUUCAAUCACCCAAAUAAAUAAUUCUAUCUAUCUAUGUAUGUGUUAAAUGUUUCUCGCUUCACAGUUACAUCCUCUCGUUUCUAAUUUCUCACUCACAACGCAACACAAUGCGCUACCUCACUUGCAACGCCGAGACAGCAAUAGCCAUAUGCCAUCCUCACUCCCCCAAGAAGAACAAAAAGCCCGCAAGCCCAACGCAGGCCCAAACCGUGCCACACUUCGCCUACUCCGACAUCGUCGCCGCCACCAACGCCUUCUCCGCUGGCAACUUCUUAGGCAAAGGCAGCCACGGCAGCGUCUACAAAGCCAUCCUCCACGGCGGCGCGCUCAUCGCCGCCGUCAAAAUAACCAAACCUUCUAAGGAGAUAGAAAUUCUCUCCAACCUCAAAAGCCGACGCUUGGUCAACCUAAUUGGCUUCUGCAACGACCGAACUAACUGCAACAAUAACAAACUCAUUGUUGUGGAGUACAUGCCCAACGGUUCGCUCCACGACCUCCUCCACUCCACCAAAACGGUUGGGCCUCCCGGUUGGACCGCACGUGUCCGGUUCGCGGUUCAAGUCGCGAAAGCGGUUCGCUUUUUGCACUCGUCUGAACCGCCCGUUAUUCACCGUGAUAUUAAAUCGUCCAACGUGUUAAUCGACCAGAAGUGGAAAGCGCGACUCGGUGACUUCGGACUCGCGUUUCGAGGAUACGUGGCGGAUUCUCGCGUGCCGCCAGCGGGAACGUUAGGGUACCUCGACCCGUGCUAUCUUGCGCCGGGGGACUUGAGUCCCAAGAGCGAUGUCUUCAGUUUUGGAAUCUUGCUGCUGGAGAUAGCGAGUGGGAGGCACGCGAUUGACGUGAGGCACAGUCCGCCGUCGGUGUUGGACUGGGCGGUGCCGUUGGUCCGCCGUGGCCACUUUCGGGAGAUUUGCGACCCGCGGAUCGGGGCCCCGCCGGACAUGGCAGCGUUCCGGAGGAUGAUGGUGCUAGCCUCGAGGUGCGUGACAUCAACGGCGGAGAGACGGCCGACGAUUGCGGAGGUGGUGGAGUGUCUGACGGCGGUAAAGAAGAAUUUUGACGAGUCGCUGAUGUGGAUGAGAAUGAAACGGAGCGUGGUGAAGGCGCGUGGCGAUUGGUUCCCUUAUAGGGACAGGAGUGAGGAAUCUGUGAGAAUAGACAAAGGUGGGAGUAGAAACUGUAGACGGAAUGGGAAGGUAUCUAGUGUGUUGGGUGUAGAGUAUGAUAAUGGAGCCGCGAAUCGUGCGGUUAGGUGUAAAUCCGUUGGUUCUGUUUUUUUCAGGGAAAUGAAAAUUAACUCGGUUAUGGAACGGUUCCCUAACCAAUUUGGGUUCGGGUAUAGGAAGGUAAGGCUAAAGAGAUCGAGGUCUGUGGGGCUUUUGGAACAUUAUGGUAAUGAAUCGAAUACGUGUCAUGAGAGGCAUAACGAUACUCAUAAUAAUGAUUAUGAUAGAGUGAGUUCCACAGAGAUGGAAGUUUCCAAGUUGGGUAUUGUGGAUAAGAAUUUGGACUAGAGAAUGCAAGAGAAAGCGUUGGUUUAUUAUUAUUGACAUGGAGUUGAGGAGAAUCGAAGUAACUGAGUAGCAUAUAUUGCUUUUGUGAUUGAGUUCUUACACACAUGCAUGUGAGAAUCUUUUCAUAUAUAGGAUGCCAAUUAACGUGCAAAGGGAAAAGUGAAGAAUGGGAGUGAAGAGGGUUACCACUAACACUAACUCUUUAGCAUCUUACCUAUCAUAUUAUAUAAUAAUAUUCUUGAUUUUUGAUUCUACCCAUGUUUUUCAUUUCCUUACUUUGAAAAUGUGUUCUUUUUCAAAUAGUUAUAGACCAAGAAAUACAGUAACUCCCUUUAUUAAUCCAGCAAGAACAUAAUGAAUACAUCCUUAUGACAUCAACAUCUCAAUAUAAUCCAACCAGAACACUUAAAUACUGUAUUUACUGAUGAUAUAUGCACACAUAUAUAGUGAGGGCCAUGAAAGAUGCGAGUGACGUAGAUGAGGCAACAGAAAGAAGAUGACGACCACAAAAUGAAAGAGAAACAGUGGAUCAUGUCUACCAAUGACAGGCAACAAGUGUAGAGAGCAUUUAAAGCUAGAUUGAUUGUCUUGUGGGAAAAUAUAACAGCCAAAAAAAUGUGGUUGUUAUGCAGUAACUGUACAGAGUCGUGAGUGUUUGGAUGAUAUCUCUUGUUCCCUCUCCUAUAGGGCUGUUAUUUAGUGCUGCCUGCAUUCAAUGCAUUUUGGAUCCUUAUCAACUGUCCCAACACAGGAUAACAGCUUUUUUCUUUUUAUUAUUUAUUCAGAU